AUGACCGUCUCGAAUCCAGAUCCUUUUCCUUCCUCGGUGUACGCCAUGUUCUCUCCCAAAACCGGACGUUCAAAUCUCUUCUCCAUCUUUGGCUCUUUCUCCCUCUCCAUUUUUGAUCUGUUCGCCCUCCUCUCUCAGCUCGCAGCGGAUUUGGUUCCACAUGGAGACCGCCAUUACGGCCAUGUUGCAAGACCUGACGACGAGAACGGGAAGAAGAAGAAGAAGAAGAAGAAGAAGAAGAAGAAGAAGAAGAAGAAGAAAAAGGAGGAGGACGACGGGAAGAAAGAGGUAAUGAAAAGCAAAGAACUCUCGAGUUUCCGGAUUCCCGGAUUCCCGGAUUCCCGGAUUUCAGAAUGA